AUGUUCCAUAGGAAGGGCGGUUGGGAUCGAGAUGGGAAAGAGAAGUAUAAAUACCGCCCGACCUCCCGCUCAGAAACCAUCCAUCCAUCGACAGACACCGGCUCUCUUUUGCCUCAUCUCCCACCGGCUUGGUUUGCCGUGCAGAAUACACCAUCCAUGCCUCCGAAAAGACAAAGCGAUGGUACCUACCAUUCGCCCAGAGGCAAAACCGGCACCGGCCGAGAAGAGAACCGCAGCUUCGAGCAGAUAUUGCUUGACGAAGCUUGGAUAGGCUACUGGGAUGACCAGUGGUCUAUCGCGGCAGAUUCUCAGUUCGCUAGACGAUUCGACCGGGACACACUGUCGUAUCUCGAGCUCACCGACACCCGCCCUGGACAAGUGAAGACGUUUGUGGUCGAAGGCCGGGAGCCCGAUGAUAAAACAGGGUUUGCCAAGGAGCUGAAUAAGAAAUCCGCAUUCGCAUCACUCGGAGAGGUGACGCUGGUUCCUGUUCCAUUCAAGGGGGAUCUCUGGGUUAGUGCCUCCUCUAUCCAAUGGGUUCGGGUGAUUCCUGGAGCGGGCGAACCGGAAGAACUGUUUGCCUUGUUCGGAUAUGAAAUGAACAAAUGGCCUUUGGGUGGCUUCUACCAUGAGAAGUACUCGUACCUCUUGAAUGAGGAGGUGCCGGGACAGAGAGGCUACUCGACGAAAUACUUCGCUUUUGUCCCCACCGGGCUCCCUGUGCCGUCAAGCCGCACAAGCGGAGUCCAUGGGCAGGCUUCCAACCUCGUCGAAACAUCCUAUGACUCGAGCUUCGGACAAAUGGACGAGGCUCCGCCGACACAGGAACCAGAUCAUACCCCGUCGUCAUACGCGUGCAGCAUGUCCCGCGCGACGGACGUGUCUCAGAAAAGGUCCGAGACACUGGGACCAGGCUCUACACUUCGGAAUGGCUCGUCUCCCACGGAUCCGCCUGUGGCAUCAAUCGAGGCUUCAUCAAGUCAAGAGGAAGAGAACCCAGCCGCUGCAAGGGGCCUCUUGGAGCAGUUCCACCCACGUGCCUGUUCCAUGCGGCCUCCGAACGCAAACAGCGAGUACGCUGAAGGCUCCACUCAGAAUCAGAAACGCAGGAGAGACUACGAAGACGACGGCACCGGUGAUGCCGGAAAGAUGCCACCGCCACCUCCCCCCAAGCAUCCCAGGAUGACAGGCCUGCGGGGCUGCGGCCCCAACGCAUCGCCCACCGAAGACGUACAACCCUGCUCAUCAAGCGACGCCCGGCAGCGCCGCGCUGCAUCAGAAUCGUCGGGAAGAAAGGGGCCAUCCCCGGCGGCGCAGACUCCCCCGUACAAACCGAAGCACCUGGCACGCUUCUCCAUCCAAGGCUCCGCCCUCCGCGACAAGACCGCCACGGCCCAGCUGGACCAGCCGCCGCCGCUGCUGCCGCCACUGCCGCCGCUGCCGCCGAGCGGCCACACCAGGGAAGAAGCAUCGCCCCAUGAGCCAUCUCCACCACCAGACCAACGACGCGAUUCGCCCAUGCAGCAACAACGCUCCCCGUCCGACACCACGACGUCCCAUCACCACCACCACCAAAGCGAGGAGCAGCAGCAGCAGCAGCAGCAGCGCCCGCGGGGCGGAUCCGCAGCCAGCUCGUCCAGCGCGUCGUCGCCCUGCACGCGGGCAGCACAACCCGCGCUUGCCAAGAGCACGCCUCCCCCGCUUGCGAUCCGCACCUCUCCAGCGCCGGGCUCCGCAGCAGCAGCAGCAGCUCCCGCCGGGCCACCGGUACUGCAGAGCGGCAGCAGCAGCAGCAGUGGCAGCGGCGGCGGCGGCGGCGGCGGCAGUGGAUUCGACUUCGACGUCAACCGGGCCCUCUUCAAGCUGGUCGUGGUCGGCGGGUACGACCGGGAAUACGGGCUGCGGUUCCACGGCUGCCACACGGUGCAGGCGCUGUUCCGGCGGGUCGCGGACCGGCUGGACGACGAACUGCGUGCCGGAGACGCGCUGAAGAGGCUGAUCUUCCACGUGGAUCACAUCGAUGCCGGGUCGGCGCCGGCGCCGGUUUCGCGGCUCAGUCGGAAGGGCGUCGUCGUCGCCGGCGACGACGACGAGCCCGGCUUCAGCAUCCUGCUUUCUCGGCUGGCGGACGCGUUGGGCGCGUCCGGAAGGAGCCACGCUAGGCAGCAUGUGAUUGCCGUGGAGGUCGAGGUGGCGAGGAGGAGGUAG